CCAUAGAAAUGAUGUCAGCCAUGACAUGUGUUCUCGAGGUGUUAGGAAUCCACUCAUCAUUGACUUUCAGCAUCUAUCUACAUAUACAGAUAUGGAGUCCACCAAGAAUGGAAAACCAGUGCAGAACCUCAAAAAUGGCGGACGAAAUCAAGCUGCUCAGACUCUGGGCAAGCCCCUUCUGCCAGAGAGUUGAACUAGCCCUGAAGCUCAAAGGCCUGCAGUACCAACUGAUCGACGAGGACAUAUGGAACAAGAGCGAGCUGCUCCUUCAGUCCAACCCAGUUCACAAGAAGGUCCCUGUCCUUUUCCACAACGGGAAUGCCAUUGCAGAAUCCUUCGUCAUCAUGGAAUACAUCGACGAGACCUGGAAACACAACCCACUUCUGCCCAAACAUCCUCAUGGCAGAGCCAAUGCUCGUUUCUGGGCCAAUUUUGUCGACGAAAAGGUCUUCAAGACGGCGUCCAUUGCGUACUUGGGGAAGGACAAACCGCAAGAGGACGGCAUUGAACUGUUCUCUCAGCAGCUCAAGAUGCUGGAGGGUGAGCUGGCGGGGAAGGACUACUUCGGAGGGGACAGCAUCGGGUUCGUAGACAUAGCUGCGUUCUUCAUCAUGCAUGUCUAUGGGGUGGUGCAAGAAGUGAAAGAAGCAGAGUUGAUGACACAGGAGAAGUUUCCUGUUCUGUUCCAAUGGCUGGCGAAGCUGGAAGCUAAUGACCUCGUUAUGGAAUGCCUGCAGCCUAGCGAGAAGCAUCUUGCCCAUGUCCGAGCUCGCCUUUCAGUUCUAGACGAAGAAGCUGCUUCCAAAACAAAAGCUGCAUAGUGAUGAUGAUGGCACAAGCGCAACAAUGCCCGCAUUUGUCUCCCCUUCCCCUGCAGGCUGCAGCUUUAUUUUAAUCAUUCGCUCUGUUUUUUGUUUUCACUUUGAGAAUUGCACUUGUGUUUCUGCAAUCAGAAAUAUUGUAAGCUGGGAGUUACAGUUGCAAAUAAGAAAAAGUGGCAUGCCCGUAUCAAAACAGGAACCUGAGCCUUGGAAAUGCUGUUACAAACUGAAGAAAUCCUUCGCAGUAUGUUCGGUUGGUAGCUAAAGCUAAUCCUUAUCGGAGGAGGAUUCCAAAGAAGAAUAAACCAUUGCUGACAGCAAGACAUAAAGGACAGAGAACUUAGCUAAUCCAUUCUGUCUUGUUAUCAUACCAGGAUCCUGUCAUUUGUCAAACCAGCAGUUGCUGCAAAUCUGGGAUUGGGAAGAUUGUCUUGUUCAAGUUAGAACGAUAAAUACGUGAAGAUGGC